AUGGCACGCAAGGGAAAGCGCGAGAAAAGCAUCUGGGCAGGUGCUUUUCAACCCUUCCUUCUGCUGGCGGGCGGCGUGAUACUGACAUUCGUGACAGUUUUGAUAGUUCUCUACACAUCCCUCGGCCGUGAGCUCGAAAGCGAGUUUGGGCAGUUUCAUCUCUCACAACAUUUCCGCGGACUGCGGAGAGUGCAGUCUGCCGUCCUUGGGAGGGUUGCGACGGAUGCAACUUCGCAGCCUUCUUCGCCCGCCGCGAUGUCUCAAAGACCUGCUGUGAUUGGGACAGGCUUCAGUACAACGUUUGCUGGCGCUAGCGCAAUGCACGCAGCACCGGAGAUGUGGCCAGCGCUGGAGGGCGGGCGGGCUGGUGUCGUAAUCUUGGCACACGACCGUCCUGAUUGUCUUGCGCGGUGCUUGGACUCCUUGGUUGCGCAACCGGACCUUGCCCUUGUCGCUAGUGUGGUUUCUUUGGAUCACCCAGCAUCUUUCCGGAAGAUGGAGGCCGUGGUUGAGAAGUACUCUGCGAAGUUUAAGAUUGGUGUUUGGCACAAGCCAGAUGAUGCAAGCCUCAAGGUUGCGGUAGCAAAGAUCGCCGCACAUUUCAAGUUCGCCAUUUCACAAAGUUUUGAGGUGGCCGGCUUUGAAUUUGCGAUUUUCGUCGAGAACGACUUGACUUUGGCACCAGAUUUUUUGUGGUACUUCCGUCUUACAGCACCGCUUCUGCUGCGUGACCCUUCAGUGUGGUGUGUGUCUGCAUGGAACGACAAUGGUUUUCGGGAGCUCGCGCCAGAUGAGCAUCGCCUGUUCAGAACAGACUACUUCCCGGGACUGGGCUGGAUGAUCCGCAACAGCACCUGGCCUAUGUUGCGAGACUCGUGGCCAGCCUUUCCGAGCACUGGCUGGGACCAUUGGAUGCGCCACGGCUCUGGCUUGAAGCCUCGUGACUGCAUCGCGCCGGAAGCCCCACGCACCCGGCACGUGGACAGCAAGGGCACAAAUGUCAAGGCAGGGACUCCCAUUCUGAAGCUCCUUGAGAAGAUGGCCACCAGCAGCCUGCCACAUGGCCAGCUGCACGAUGUGACUUACUUGUUGAGGGAAGAAUACGAGACCAAGAUCCGGAAGCUGCUGCAGGAUGGAGAAUUGGUGCGCUCUCUGGACGAACUUCAGGCGCACAUACCUGACAAAGUUCCUGGAAGAUACCAUCUCAUUCCAUAUGUUCGAGAGGACUUCCCUGGUCUUGCCAAAAAGCUUCAACUGUAUCCUGGACAACCGAGAGGGGGUUGGCGAGGCAUAAUCUUCAGCCGGCAUCCGCAGUCACAUGCGCUGCUCGCUUUGAUUGAUCGGCGCCAGGGGGAGGGGCUUCUUCCAGAGAAUGAACUUUGGCGUGCAGAUCCAGGCAAUGUCAUAACGAAAGCCCAGCCAGGGCAGUCCUGCGAAAUGGCUUGCAGCAAGGCCGGCCUGAGAUGUGAUCCGCGGCAACUGGAGUUCGCCAACAACUGCAACGCCUUGAAGCAGCACUUCCCUUGCGAGAACGGUUGUGGCCAUCAGGUUGGAGCCGAGAUACCCUGCUACGUGCACGACAUGAAACGAGACACAGCUUUGCAAUGCCUCGUAACGGACGAGUCAGCGCCCAGUUGCGCGAGUAUGCAUCCAGCGACCACUCGAUUGUGCAUGUGCACUCCAGCACAAAAUGGCGGUGGGCAGCUGGCAUGA